AUGGCAUCCACAAGCGAGAAGGUGGGGAACGACGUAGGAAAGAAAAGCGGUGUUUUAUGCGCCCCAAGUAGGAACCGUCAAAUAGGGGUGGAUAUGAUAGGUACGGCGAUGAACGAAAGCAAAUACCCCAGCGAACAGAAAGAAGAUAUGCCAUGCGAAGAUCGACGACACACACUUUCACCACAAGCUUCACAAAUCUUUGGCCGACGGGGCACGCAGAUGUCAUGUUCCAUGAAGAGUGUCUCAAGCAGCUUUGGUAGGUUCUCUAAGACACUGGCAAUGAAGGAUGCCGUAAUGCAGUAUAGGCGGAAACUUCAUGAGGCCUUGGGGAGCCUAAGAGAGGACUCUGACGCACCCCCGGCGCUGCGACGCCUUGCCCUUGCCGAUGAGGAUGAUGACAUUUAUGACAGUAGCCUUCAUCAAUCGGAAGAUAGGGAAGAAGAAGAACGGAGCACACAAAAUGAGCAAAAAAUUUCCGGCUUGGGGGCGCCAACAACGGCGCCACCAUCGCCAAUUGACGACAAUAUCGUGCGUUCUGCCAAUAAACCGGACGAAAUGGCGCGAGUGUGCUAUAUUAUUUGUCACGAGAAUGUGGAGCCCAGUUCUGGUUUCCAAAAUGACGGUGAAUACGGAAGGAGUGGGGAUUCGUUUGGCAAGCAAAAUAUGGAGGCCCUUAGCCUUUCAUCCGAACCGACAUUAUUUUCAAAAGUUUCCCGUGGAUUGCCGCCUUCCGCUUCCUCGAGACGUUUACUGGGUCAAGGUGUGGCGCGGAUGACGAUGCGAGGAUCUGCGUUUUCGAAACGCGACAGCAAGGACUCUCCAGAACAAAAAAUCCUUCCCAGUCGUUCAGUUGCGGAAAAGUUUUUGUUGGAUACGCCGUGCCGGGAGAAAAGUGACGGCAGUAUACUGAAAGGACCAAGCAGUCCUGGUGGCGGUGGUGGUAUGGUUGGUGCUUUUGCCUCCCUCGGUCCUUCUGGUGCCGCUGAAAUUCAUGCACGUUCUACCUCUACGUUGUUCGUGAAGCCAGUCGGCGCGCUGAAACCCGUUUUUUUCGCGGCUUCAUACCCCCGAGCUGGAAAGCCUGAACGAACACAAAAAAACACCGCGAAAGACGGCGUCGCUUUAAAGAAGACACACCUCAACGAGGCGUCCUGUAACGUUAGGAGCGAUAAGACCUUCCCACCAGAAGCCCACAAUGUGAAAGUAGUAUCGUUGAACAGCAGAAAAACCCACCAACGUGAGAAGACAUGCGAAAGUGAUAGUUGUUUCUCUCUGUCGACACCUCGACAGCAAUCAACAGGUUCUUUGGUGCACUUUUCAGUUAAUACACCCAAAGUUCCACUGCAGAAUAUAUUAAGGAGUCCAAGAGCGCAGGAACAAAAGCGGCAUCGGUAUCACCAUUCCCGGGUCUUCUCGUUCAGUCGCGUCAGUUCGGAGAGAAGUCCACGCAGUCCAGCAGCAGGCACUAGAAUACGUCCGUUAUGCUGUGAAUCCCUGGAGUGGAUACAUCAUCAGUUGCGUCAGCAGGGACAUGUGGGUCACAUGCCUGUAUUUCUUUCUGGAAGUGUCACGGCGGAAGUUGGGGAAAGUGGGGCAGCCCUGUUACCGACACGGCACAGCAGCCAGUUGGAAGAAAACAGCGUCAGUAGCUUGAUUCUUACUUGUGCAACUAGCAACGUUGAUACGCUGCGGACCUUUUACGACGCACCACUAGACACCUUUAUGGAAUCUUCCACACUCACUGCAAAUGGCAUGACCAGCCCAUGA